UCGAGCCGACAUUUCAUGCAGCAGCCUACGGAGCAGAGAGGAGAGGAGAGAAGAAAAGAGCCCCGUUCAUGAGUUAAACCUCAGUGUGUUUGUUGACAAAUUUCUCGGUUGUAGGGCUGUUGUUUAGCAGUCAGUAUGGCAGUAGUCAUCAGGCUACAGGGUCUGCCUAUAGUGGCUGGCACCAUGGACAUCAGACACUUCUUCUCUGGCCUAACCAUCCCUGACGGGGGAGUUCACAUUGUUGGGGGUGAGCAUGGCGAAGCCUUCAUUGUCUUUGCAACUGAUGAGGACGCUCGGCUGGGCAUGAUGCGUACAGGUGGGGCUAUUAAGGGCUCAAAAGUGUCCCUGUUGCUUAGCAGCAAGACAGAGAUGCAGAACAUGAUUGAACUCAGCCGCCGCAGAUUUGAGGCUGGGGCAGGUGCUGGGGAGACAGCUGCACCAACUGCAGGACAUGCUCACCGACAAGCAGGCACAACCCCCAUACCUACAGUGCAACAAGGGACCGGGGGGAGAAGCAGUAGCCAUGGAAACCAAGGUUUCGGUAACAACCCAGCUUCAGUGACAGCAGCAAGCUCAUCUCAUGAGCCGCAGAGCCACAAGUCGGUUAUUAGUGUUCUUCCCAGCUUCCCUAACAGCUACAGCUCUGCCCCAACCAUCACCUCAGCUCUGGCAUCACUCAAUGCAUGCCCACCACCCAUCCCUCCACUUCCCAGCAUGCCUUCCAUGCCCCCCAUGCCAACGCUGCCCACAAUGCCAGUUCCUCCUCCAGUGUCUUCCCUUCCCCCUAUGCCCACUAUCUCCCCCCUGUCCCAAGGACCUCCAGUGCCUCCUAUGUCCCAUCUCUCCCACAUGUCCUCCAUGCCUCCCUUCAACCCCUCACUCCCUCCCCCAGGAGGAAUGGGCUCCGGCCUCCCUCUUGGUGCCCCAAACCCAAUGCUGUUCAACCCUCUCUCCCCUCUAGCCUCUCUGGGCCUCCAGGCACACAUGAAGGCUGCUGCUGCUGCAGCAGCAGCUGGAGCCGGAGUGGCCCACCCAGAUGAGUUGUUUAUCCAACUGCACAAUCUCCCAUUCACCUGCUCAGAGAUGGAGGUUAGGGAAUUUUUCCGGGGUCUGGGGGUGGAUGGGGUUCGUCUGCUGAGGGAUGGGCAGGGUCGGCCAACUGGCAGGGCUAUGGUCAAGUUCUUCUCACCCCAGGACAGCUUUGAAGCUGUCAAACGAGGAGGUGGCAUGAUGGGCCAACGGUUUAUUGAGAUAACCCCAGGCUCUGAGCGGCAAUGGGCCAGUCUCAAUGACAGCAUGAUGGGCCAUGUUCCCCACAAUAGCAGCAAAUCAAUGAACAGCAACGAGUCACAGGACCAGCAUCAACGGCGUGGCAAUGCUGGUGCAGGAGGUAGAGAUCAGCGAGCAAGGUCACGAUCUCCACAUCGGCAGGAGUUUUGUGUCUACCUGAAAGGCCUUCCCUAUGAGGCCGACAAGAAACAGAUUAAGGAAUUCUUCAAUAAUCUGUCCGUCCUGGAGGACAGUGUCUACAUUGCCUACGGGCCUAAUGGACGAGCCACAGGAGAAGGCUUCCUUGAGUUCAAAACCGAACAAGACUACAAAACUGCUCUGGGCUCUCAUAUGCAGUACAUGGGCACUCGCUUUAUCCAGGUCCACCCAAUCAACCGUAAGGGAAUGCUUGAAAAGAUAGACAGCAUUCGCAAACGUGAAGCAUCACAGGGCGAUGGCAAGAACCAGGACGGUUCAAAAGUUCCCAGGAACUGUGCCCACAUCACCAACAUCCCUUACAAUGUCUCCAAGAAGGAUGUCCGUGCCUUCCUGGAGGGUGUAGGGCUGUACGAGGACACCCUAAAGGUAUUGACAGAUAGCCAUGGUAAUGGUUUAGGUCAAGCAAUCUUCCAGCUGCGCACAGAGGAAGAUGCCCGAAAAGGUGAAAGACUCCACCGCCAAAAACUCAACGGUCGCGAUGCAUUUGUCCACCUGGUAACCUUUGAGCAGAUGAAGGAAAUUGAGAGGAACCCCCCUCCCCAGAAUAAGAGGGGACAACGCAACCAGACCCAGCCGAACCAAAAUCUAAAUCAGAACCAGCACCAGCAGUCCCAGCCUUCUCCCCAGCAACCCCAGAUAAACCCAUUUGCGGGGAUUAGCGGGGAGGAGUUUAACUUUCUCAGAAACACCAUGGGGAACCUAAACAAUGCCCCCUUUGUGAGUCCAUUCUCAGCCCCAGGGAACGGGCUGGCAGGCCCUCCUCCUCUACCACCCCUUGCAGCAGGGUUGGGAGAUGUAAAUAUGGGGAUGGCUCCUCCACUAAUUGCUGGUCUUCCUGGAGCUCCGAUCAUGGAGCCACCAGGCUUUCGACCCGGAGUAGCAGGAGGCGCUUCUUUCAACCAAGAUGGGCUAAGAGGGUUAGUGCCCUUUGACAAUGUCAACAGAAAAGCAGGUGGAGGUGGUCAGAAUAGAGGGGGGGGGGCUAACAACAAUCAAGGACGUCCAGGGGGUGGGGCUACUGGUGGGCCGCAGGCGUUCAGUCCAGGAGCUGAAGGUCACCGUAACCAGCCGGCCCCUGGAGGAUCUAGCAAUCCCAACGGUCAACGAGGUGCCCCUGGCCCGACAAUUGUAAAGCUUCAGAAUAUGCCAUUCACUGUUACCGUAGACGAGAUCAUGGACUUCUUUUAUGGCUACCAGGUGCUACAAGGCUCAGUCUGCCUGCAGUUCAGUGAGAAAGGUCUGCCAACUGGCGAGGCCAUGGUUGCCUUUCAAAACCAUGAGGAGGCCUCUGCCGCUGUCAUGGACCUCAAUGACCGACCUAUUGGAGCACGCAAAGUCAAGAUAAGCCUUGGUUAAAGCCCCACCCAAAGCAGACUCACAAAAAAGCAUGUGACUCCCAUCUGAACCGUAACCCUAACACCAUGGUGUAAUGAGGGCAACAUAAACCAUACCAUAUUCUGGUAUUAAACCAAUAGCCCAGUUUUGACCUUGCCGCUGAUUGUCAGUCAUUACUAAAGCCCCUCCAGCUUUGUAUAGAUAAUGGUAGGUAAGCCCACCCCUGACUUAAUCCAGAAUUUGUUAUUUUCUGCCGCUCCUUCACUGACUCUGCUAGCACAAACGGACUGAUGAAAAAUGAUUAUGUAUAUGUUUGAAGAUACUUUGUCUGCUUUUUUGCCCUGUUUCCAGUGCAGCCUUUUGCACAUCAUGUCCAAGGUUGUCCUGUUUUGUUAUUAUACUUAUCAUGAUUGAGGUUGACAAACAUUGUCGCUGUAUGCGCUUAAACAUGCCGCGCUGCUGAGGUUUCAAAUGUACAUGCUCUGUUGCUAUGCUAAUGCCUAAUCAUGCUCUGUUGCUUUUGAAAAAUUGAUGCUGAAAUACCACAGUGUGUUGCUAUGAUGAAAUAUGUUUCCAUGGGUAUAUCUUUACAUGCUCUGUUGCUAUGUUAAAAUCUUCACGUGCUCUGGUGCCAUGAUAAAAUAUGCUGUAGAUGAUACGGCAUUUACACCAAGGUGAAGUGUUGGUUCUCUAUUUCUCCCAUUUUCUAUUGCUGUGUUAAAAUUAUGAUUAAAAGCUACGAUGCCAUCGUGAAAUGUUUAUGCUCUGUUGCUAUGGUAAGAAUUAUACAGACCUAAAGUGUCGUCGCUAUGGUAAAAGGUUGCAACACUGCUCUGUUGCUAUAUGGAGGAUGCGUGAUGGACAUACUUUUAUUUUGUAAAUAAUCAUGACUUGGCCGCUGAAUCUUUUCUGAUGUUGCUGUGUUUGAACAAUGCCCCCUCCCUCCUUUUCUGCAGCACAUGCUCAUCGGUGUUUGGACUGCACUCGGAUAAAGUCUGUAGCGAUUUUUUGUUUGGUAGCUUUCUGUUGUACAUGUUUGAUAAUGUGUUGGAUGUUUCCACCUUCAAGCUUCUUUUUGUUUCUCUAUUGUCAGUGUGAACAAACUUGUAUGAUCGUAUAACCAUAGAUGAUGUGGGGUCUCCUUUGCUUUGGCUAAUAAAAGGACGUUCCUGCGAUCAGCUCUCUC